GAAUUAUGCUACCAUGGCUCAACUGUGGUGAAAACGUAAUCCUGGAGGUGAAAAGUACCAAGUUUAAGAAAGAAAAUGGAACCCUUUAUGUAACCCUCAAUCGCGUUGUGUGGACUCAUGUUGAUCGCCCAUCAGGUCCUACUGUGCAAUAUGAAUAUUCUCAGAUAAAGGCUCAGCGUAUAAGUCCGGAUUCAGCACCUAAAGUAAGACUGCAGCUUGUAUUACAUGAUGACACAACAGUUACAUUUCAUUUUAGCAAUCCAGUUGCCGAAUUACAGAAAGCUGAAAGAGAAAGAGUGAAAGAACUUCUUGUUCAAUUACUUCAAAAAAGUAAGACAGUCACUGCUAAAGAAGAACCCUCAAAGAAGAAAUUGAGUAAGGAACUGGAGAUUAAGCAAAAAAUAUUGCAAGGUUCAGAGGAGAUGUUUAUCAUGUAUAAGACUUUAGUUAGCGGUGGUAUAAUAUCUGCUGAAGAUUUUUGGACUAUUCCAAAAGCUGCGGAACUAUUGUCAGCUGAACAAGACCUUCAACAAUCUUCAGGUGUCACUUCAGCAUUUAUGUCAGAAGCUAGGCCUGAAGUUGAUGGAUGUAAUUCUAUUCAAUAUAACAUCACACCAGAAAUUAUUCAAAGUAUUUUUCAUACUUACCCUAUGAUUAAGAGAAGGCAUCAAGAAAUGGUGCCAGAUAAGAUUACUGAGAAGGAUUUUUGGACCAAGUUUUUUCAGUCUCACUACUUUCAUAAGGAUAAAAAUUCUGCUUCUAAUGGAUCCAAGAAUGACCUUUUCCUUAAUUUGGCUGUAGAGGACGAGGAGACUUACCUUCAGAAGCUAUUAUUGUGUGAUCGAGAUCCUUUAUUAGAUAUAUCUGAAUCAAAUAAUUACCUGAAUAGUGAGGGUUAUGGCGUAAUGCAAGCUAAUAAUUCGAGUGCUGGUUCAAAGCCACUUCUGCGUAAAUACAACCAUCAUAGCUUUAUGAUAUGUCAAAACUUUGCUCAAACAGACCUAAACAAUCAAAAGUCUGCCGAUCUUGUGAAGAGGGAGCAACUUAAAGAGGUAACCCAGCAAACAGAUCUUGAAACUUUGUCUGAGCAAACUCGAGUGCCACUCAAUCUUUCCAAAUCAAAAAUGUCUGGAUCAGCUGUAAGUACGACUCAAGUUUCAUCAAUCGAAGCUUCACAUGCUCUUGAGAAAACUAAAGCAGAAAUGAAAAAUUUUACUCUCUCCAGAAUGCAUGAAGCAAUCAGUUCACAAAAUGCCCUUCAGGCAAUGGUUGAAAUCACAGAUAGUGUAUCAUCUAAUCAUCUUUCAAAACUUCCUAAACCAGGCUCCACUCUUAUGGAAGAAAUAAGACUCUGUUAUUUGAAUGCAUCUCAAAUUCUGUGCCACUUUUGGAUGUGCUUUCCUGUCACGAAUCCGAUUCUCGAGGAGAAGGUUAACAGAAUGGCUGAAAGUAUCUUGAAGUAUAAAAACACCACACUUCAACAUACAAUGAAUAAACUACCUUCAAAGGACACUCGGUUUUUGAAACAUCUGAGCGAUCAGUUAGAUCUGGCCCUCGUAACUCAUGAACAAUGGAUUUCCAAAAAAGGGAAAAGGUAAUAAGUCCAGGGUUCCUGCUUUUAAAUUGUAAUGGUUAGUCAAUGGUAUCAACUGAAGGUACCAGAUAUGAGGUUGUUGGUUUUUUUUUCAGAUUAUUUUCUGUUCAGUAUUUGAUAUUUUUAGCUACUUGGUGUUUUCAGAUUCUAGUAAAUUCAAGGUUUUGAGCUAUUUUCAUAAAAGAGCUCUAUGUCAUGCUCUUUUGUAGGCAUCUACGAAGUGAUCCUCUUGAAGUAGAAUUAUUUGCUUGCAUCGAAAUAAAAGUGGGCUUCAAAAACCAUUAAAUGAUAUCAUGAAAACUACUGAUGUGCUUUAUGCAUUCUUCAUUUAUUUCAUUUUUAACUUUUUUAUAAUCAAUUAUGAUAGAUUGCAACAUUUAUUUAUUCAAGUUUAGAAGUGUUUGACUUUCUCAAUCGUAAUCUAUAAUAAUUGUUAUAUUUUAAUCAAAUUAAAAUUGAAAUGGUGAAACUAAUUGAUUAUAUUAACCGAUUACGGAGAAAUCAACACCAGAGGUGCUAACAUUUUUUAAUACAGGGACAGGGGUAUGUCAGAUACAGAGAAUCAGCCAGAAAUAUUGGACGUAGUGGAUACAGAAAAUGUGCCAGAGAAUGUUGAUGUAGAAGUCAAAGAACCAGAGACAUUCUCAGAACUUGGAGUAGUUGAAGAACUGUGUAUUGCAUGUAAUGAGCUUGGUUGGACCAAACCUAGUAAGAUCCAAGCAGAAGCCAUUCCAGUAGCAAUAUCCGGGAAAGAUGUGAUCGGACUAGCUGAAACGGGUAGUGGUAAAACAGGGGCAUUUGCUUUGCCUAUCUUACAAUCAUUGCUUGCAUCACCUCAAGGCUUAUAUGCUCUGGUCCUUACCCCCACGAGAGAGUUAGCAUACCAAAUAUCAGAACAAUUCGAGGCACUUGGCUCUGGCAUUGGAGUCAAAUGUGCCGUCAUUAUUGGGGGUAUCGAUAUGAUGACACAGGCUAUCAUGUUGGCAAAGAAACCACAUAUUGUCGUAGCUACCCCUGGUCGGUUAGUGGAUCACCUGGAGAACACCAAGGGUUUCAACUUACGAUCUUUAAAAUAUUUAGUCAUGGAUGAAGCUGACAGAAUUCUCAACAUGGAUUUUGAAGAUGAAGUAGAUAAGAUCCUCAAGAUAAUUCCAAAGCAGCGAAACACUUACCUAUUUUCUGCUACUAUGACCAAAAAGGUACAGAAACUUCAGAGAGCUUCUUUGCAAAAUCCGGUUAAAGUUGAGGUGGCAAACAAAUAUUCCACCGUUGAGAAACUUCUGCAGUAUUAUGUGUUUAUUCCUCAGAAAUUCAAGGAGAGUUAUCUUGUGUAUAUACUUAAUGAAAUGGCUGGAAAUUCGUUUAUGAUAUUUUGCAGUACUUGUGCAAAUACAUCUAGAAUAGCAAUUGUUCUCAGAAACCUUGGGUUGAAUGCCAUACCUCUCCAUGGACAGAUGAGCCAAAGCAAACGGUUAGGAUCACUCAAUAAAUUCAAAUCAAAAGAUUACACAAUUUUAGUUUCUACAGAUGUUGCCAGCAGAGGUCUCGACAUUCCUCAUGUGGAUGUGGUCAUGAACUACGACAUUCCAACCCACUCUAAAGACUACAUACACAGGGUGGGGAGAACUGCUCGUGCUGGUAGAUCAGGUCGGGCUGUUACUUUUGUCAGUCAGUAUGAUGUGGAGUUGUUUCAGCGGAUAGAACACUUGAUAGGCAAGAAGCUGCCCAAAUUUCCUACUGUAGAUGAAGAAGUUAUGGUUUUGCAGGAUAGAGUGACAGAAGCUAAACAUUUAGCUAUGAUUGAAAUGAAGGAAUUGCACGCUAAAAAUGGAAAGUUCAGGAAUAACCAAAAUGAGGGAGAUGACAGUUCGAAGAAAGUCAAUUUGGGGCCGAGAAAAAGGCCGAACGAUGCUGGUAAAGGGAAAUGGAAGAAGAAAAAGAAGUUUUAAAUUGAAGUUUUGACUCGUUUUUAAAUCUUUUUACUGAACCAUUUCUGUUUUAGCAAGCUCACCUUAAAAGACUUAAGAUGAGAUUUCAUUGAACCGUUACUACUUUUAUUAAAUUAUUAUUUCAUUACAUCAGUGUUGAA